AUGAUCGAAAUCGAGUGGGACGCCCCUGAAGCAAGCGGCAGUCAUCGUCGCUACCGCAAGGCAUCCAUCAUCCACGGAUGGGUUACCAAGCUCCGUGGUACUCUGACCGACAAUGAGCGGGUCAGAAGUCGGGGCAUCCGCGAGAUGCGGGAGGCCCGCGCCAUCCGGGCGUACAAGAAGCAGAAGGCUGCUCAGUUCAAAGGGGGUGCCAAGGGCGCGAGCGGGUUCCUUUACCUGCUCUCCUUCUGGCCUGCAAAGCGGGCCCAGACGCAGAAGCAGCUUGUCGUCCGGCGACACCACUCGUCCCACCAUCGCAAGGGCAGCAGCAGCCGCUCUUCUUCCCGUCCCAGCACCCACCGCCGCGGCACUAGCAGCGGAACUUCGGGGAAGUCACGUCGGCCUGACGAUGUGCAGGCAGCCCAAAUCGGACGGCAUACGUCUCAGGGCAGGCGUCAUAGCGAGCGGCAGAGGCAUCACGGGAGCAGCAAGCGGUAG